CAUGGCUCAGAGCCUGAAGGACUUUGCUGGGCGCUUGCCUGCCGGCCCUCGCGGGAUGGGCACAGCCCUGAAACUGCUGUUGGGUGCUGGAGUGGCAGCUUACGGUGUCCGGGAAUCUGUCUUCACUGUUGAUGGUGGCCAAAGAGCGAUAUUCUUCAACCGCAUUGGAGGAGUUCAGCUGGACACUGUUCUUGCCGAGGGACUGCAUUUCAGAAUUCCAUGGUUUCAGUACCCAAUAAUUUAUGACAUUCGAGCUCGGCCCCGCAAAAUUUCCUCACCAACAGGUUCCAAAGAUCUGCAGAUGGUGAACAUCUCCUUGCGGGUCCUGACACGCCCCAACGCCAUGGAGCUGCCCACCUUGUACCAGCGCCUUGGUCUCGACUACGAAGAAAGAGUCCUGCCGUCCAUCGUCAACGAAGUGCUCAAAAGCGUGGUGGCGAAGUUCAACGCCUCGCAGCUCAUUACCCAGCGUGCUCAGGUGUCUCUGCUCAUCCGGCGGGAGCUCACGGAACGGGCCAAAGACUUCAGCCUCAUUCUCGAUGACGUGGCCAUCACGGAGCUGAGCUUCAGCCGGGAGUACACGGCGGCGGUGGAGGCCAAGCAAGUGGCUCAGCAAGAAGCACAGCGGGCCCAGUUUCUAGUGGAGAAGGCCAAGCAGGAGCAGAGACACAAGAUUGUUCAGGCCGAGGGGGAAGCCACGGCUGCCAAGAUGCUCGGGGAAGCCCUCGGCAAGAACCCCGGGUAUAUCAAGCUCCGCAAGAUUCGUGCUGCCCAGAACAUCUCCAAGACGAUCGCUUCUUCCCAGAACCGCGUUUAUCUCACGGCUGACAACUUAGUGCUGAAUCUACAGGAGGAGGCUUUUACUAGCGACAGCCUCGUGAUCAAACAAGGCAAGAAAUGA